GCCAGCGUCGCCAAACCCAGCACAACUGCGCCCCGCAAGAACAAAACAGCUUGUUGCGUGUCACGUGACCUGUAAUCGGCCUUUCAUUGGCUGCCACCGAGUCAAUAGGGAAGUGGGAAAGUUUGGCAUUGAUUUGUUGGGUGGAAGCUUAUUUCGCGACACCUAUAAGUGAAUGCUAGCGCUCUUGCGUUCCGACUCUGGAUUUUAGAAACCUGAUAGGUUUUGUGGACCUAAAAGAAACUUCGUUAGAAUACAGACAAGUUGGAAGAAAAUCGCAAUUGUGAUACAACAUGGUUCAACUGCGUAGUUUUAUUCCCUAUGUUCUCGUCAUCGUUUUCAGCUUGACAACCGUGUUCGCCCAGACCGAAGCACCUAAACCAAACUGCGAAUCGAAGAGCAACACCAGCUGUGAGCAGUGCCUGAAGGAUGUGUCUUGUCUGUGGUGCGGGUCAACCCAGAAAUGCAUGAACUACCCUGUGAAGACCAUCCUACCCCCCCACAGAGUCUGCCCGCUGGCUGAGGCGAGGUGGGGGCUGUGCUGGGUGAACUUCCAGGCUUUAAUCAUUGCGAUGUCCGUGAUCGCCGGGAUCAUCAUCAUCGCCAUCCUGAUCUGCUGCUUCUGCUGCUGCAAGUGUGAGAACGUCGGGUCAAAGAGGGCGGAGGCCAAGAUGGACAAGCAGGCUGACAAGAGAAAGACUCGCCAGGAUGAGAGGAAAAGUGAGAUGAAGAUGAGACACGACGAGAUCAGGAAGAAAUACGGGCUGUCGGGCACAAACCCUUACUCCAAAUUUGAGAACAAUUAAACGCGUCUUCCUCAGAUUCUGAACCUGCCUUUACACUGCCUGCCUCCGACACUCCACUGACGUCAGUCUCUCCACUGUAGCGCACACAUCAGUGAAACAGCCCUUCUGAGGCAUUUAAACACUGUACACCCCAUUCUGCUGUUGUGCAUUUUAUUUCCCCAUAAACUGACCGAUGAAAUGUUUUAAAGGACUGGGAUGACUGGUAGCAAGAUGAACGGUCGAAUGUGAAGACCUGCUUCUCCUCUCUAAACCUGUGUUUACAAAUGAUUAAUGCAGUCACUAUUAUUUUCGUAGACCAAACGCAUUCCUCACUCUAAGCCACACCCCUGUCUUCACAUUGUUGUUACAACACGGUUUAUUUUGUCCAUUUGAUCAUAGUUGUUACUAAAAUUUGUUACUGGCUUUUGACCGCAAAUGUUCAAUUCAUGUUGGGCAAAUUCACUUCAACAAAUAAUACUGUAAUUAUAAUUUAACAUUACCAUAAUGUUGCCCUCACAGAAAGCAGCAGUGCCCUCUUGUGUGUAAGUGUAAUAUGACCAUACUGUGUGUACAUGGGGAAAUCUUUGAUCUCUCUGCUUUAAAGUGAAACUCAUGGGUAAAUUCCUGGGUACUGCUGAAUUUUAAGAUUUACUUGAGCCUUUUCACUCCUUGUAACUUAACUAUUACAAUGUAUGAGUUUAAUAUUGUAUAUUCUGAGCUGGGCGGUAUGGGAGAAGUCCUGGCCUUGUUUUAGGAAUGCUGUGUGCGGUAGAGGUCAUGUGAUGGGAUGUUUUUGGGUAUUUGGCCGCCCCCCCCCCCCUUCCAAGUUGAUAUGUAAAACGACAACAGAAGAAACUGAGUGCUACAUCACCGGCCCAUUGUCCCUGAGGCCGGGCAUGUCCCUUUGUGCAUGUGUAUGUACAUGUGUGUUUCUGCAUGCAUGUUUGUAUGUAUGUAUGUACACGUGUUUUGUGCAUAUGUGUGUACCUGAGUGAAGAGCCUGACCAUUGCUAGACUCCAAAAAAAGAAGAGAAGAAAUAAUAUGAUAGAAACCAAAUCAUCAGAUAUGAAAUCCUGUGAAAUACUCGUUCACCUGGUAUGUUUUGUCUGAAUUUGUUCUGUUGGAUGGGAUUCAGUCAUGUGGUCUGCCAAUCCCUGCCAUAGCAUUCUGCCUUAGUUUAUGAGUGUGAUUCCUCCUUCAUCAAAAGGGGCAGGUGUUAUUAAAGUUACCUGUCCCGUAGUAGAUUAACAUGUAUUUUUGUACAGCAAGAUUGCAGGUUUUCCUGUUAGAGUGAUUUAGGUGCCUGAAAUGAAAUCAUAAAUGUCAAAUAUUUCCAGUUUGGGGAAAAAUAACAUUAUUAUUAAAACAAAAAUUAACUCUGAAA